AUGGGGCUGUCGCAUCAUACCGCCACCGUCGACGUCCGCGAGCGCCUCGCAGUCCCCGAGGCUGAGUGGCAGAUCGCCGCGGAGAGGCUGUGCGAGUGCGCCGCCAUCUCCGAAGCCGCGGUCCUGUCCACGUGCAACCGUUUUGAGGUCUACAUUGUCGCAGACCAUCCGUUCAAGGCCAUCCAGGAGGUCGUCGCGCAUCUUAGCUCGCGAAGCGGAUUGUCGGUCACCGAAUUGAGGAAGCAUUUGUUCAUGCUCACGGAAGAUGAGGCCAGCUGGCAUUUGAUGAGAGUUUCGGCGGGCUUGGAUUCGCUUGUCAUUGGCGAGGGACAGAUUUUGUCGCAGGUGAAAAAAUGUUACGAGUUGGCGAGCGAUGCGGACGGCCAUGCGGGCAAGAUUUUGCAGAGGUUGCUGAAUAACGCCGUGUCGGCAGGGAAGAGGGUCCGAUCAGAGACGGGCAUUGCGAAAGGUGCCGUGUCAAUUUCGAGCGCCGCCGUCGAGUUGGCGGAGAUGAAGGCCGUCCCGGAUUUGGACUUGCCACUCAAGGACGCGAAGGUUUGCAUUCUGGGUGCGGGAAAGAUGUCCAGAUUGCUGGUCCAGCAUUUGCUCUCGCGAGGAGUGGCGGAUAUUACCAUUGUCAACCGCUCCAUUGGAAGGGCCGAGGAGUUGGCCAAGAUGUUCCCGGACGCUAGUUUGCACAUUAAGCUUUUGGACUCGAUGAUCGAGUCGGUCGCCACUAGCGAUAUCAUCUUUACGUCUACGGCUGCGUCGGCCCCCAUUUUGACUAAGGACAUGCUCACCCCAGCGCUUGAUCCGCUCAGGAGAUCAAUCGUGAUUGAUAUCUCGGUGCCGCGGAACGUCAGCGAUGACGUUGCGGAAAUAGAUAAUAUGUUUUCCUAUAAUGUUGAUGAUCUCAAGGCCGUGGUCGCCAAGAACCAGGCCCGGAGACGCCGCCUCAUGUUGGAGGCGGAGGACUUGCUGCGCGAGGAGCUAGCUACGUUCAACAAUUGGCAUAACUCGCUUGGAUGCAUUCCGGCGAUCUCGAAGCUGCAGCAGCGCGCGGAAAGCAUCCGCCAAGACGAGAUGGACAGAGUCAAGGGCAAGCUCUCCGAUCUUAGCGCGAGCGAGCUCAAGGCUGUCGAGCAGUUGUCCAAGGGCAUCAUUAACAAGAUGCUCCACUCACCCAUGGUCCAUCUGCGGGGACUGGCUGACUUGGAGGAGCGCACACAAACACUCAAGAACAUUGAGGCCUUGUUCAAGUUGUAAUAUUUUUAUCCCAAGUAUUUUUUUCUAAACUCUCCCCCACCUUAGACCCGCUACACACCCAUACCGCUCACCUUAAAAAAAUUCUGCGUUGACUU